CUCUCACAACUCAUCAUGGCGCCGAAUCGGAAGGAGGACUCUCGUGGACGUCGACGCAGCAGGAGCAGGGACAGGCGUGUAUCCAUCGACAACAGGCGUUGUUCUGUCGGCAACAUAAGGAUGGCCACCGCCGGCAACCAUCGUCGAACAGCUCAAGGACGCAGUGCAUCCAGGGGGAGGACGGCAGGCGGUCAGCAAUCAAUUGUACGGGGAGUCAGGACGCAACGUCGAGUUGCAGCAUCGAGAGCCGCAGUUGAGCCUUUGGCAGACGAAGAACGACAACGGUCAUCAACAAAUUCGCUCAUACAAGAACAGAAUGCUGCUCAGCGCUGGUUUAAAGUCAUCAAUCAGGACGAAGUCAGGAUUGUUCGUCAACAGUACGUCCUAGAUCUCCAGCAGUACAGGCGACCUGGCGGAACGUACCAGGCUUUCAAUCGGAUCGAGAGCGAGUCUCUGGGCCUAAACCGCUAUGAGGACGUCCAACUUCUGGACCAUUCGCGGGUCAUCUUGAAAAGUUCCGGCGGGAUAGACUACAUUCAUGCAUCGCAUGUAAAAGGUGGACCUUUUCCAAUGAUUUGCGCCCAGGGACCCGUGGACAGGACGAUCGGCCACUUCUGGACAAUGGUUGCAGAAAACAAUUGCGCGGUCAUCGUUCAACUUUGCCAGUACGUCGAGGAUGGGCGGAGGAAAUGUGCCGACUACUUUCCGCAGGGGAAAUCGACCAACUAUGGCAACGUCACAGUGGAACGAAUGAGCCAGACGAAGGAGUCGCCUUCUAACCCGCAUGUGAAAAGGACAUUGUUCAACGUCGCACUGAGAGGAGAAAAGCCCAUGGAUGUAGCGCAUUUCCGGUUCGAUGGAUGGCCCGAUCAUGACGUCCCUGACAAUCCAGUUUCGUUUCGCCAAUUCCGACUUGCGAUUCUGCGACAGGCGAUCGAAAAGAAGUGCACCGUACUUAUACACUGCAGCGCUGGAGUCGGCCGCACUGGCACUUAUGCAGCCAUAGAGAUCGCCAUCAGAAACCUGAUCCAGAACGACCACCUGAUCCAGAUGUCGACCGUCUACCGAGCUGUGCGCAAUCAACGGGAGCGGGCAAUUCAAACUGACCUUCAAGUACUCUAA